AUGAAGAUUUUCUGGCAUAUUACGGUGUUCUUCGCAACUCUGGCUGCAUGCCAGCAGAAUGCCACCGAAGAGCUACAACGGGCGUUGCAGCUACUGUCGAUGAUGCCGGAAUGCUCCGUAUGUUCCUUGUCGAGUUCGUGAAGCGCUCGAACUGCUGCUGACCGUCUGCUACAGCGAACUUGCCUCUUGACUGCUGUUGCCGCGGCCGGGAUUUCUGCGUCCAACCUCGACAUCUCAUCCUCCUGCAACAACGAAACUGCAACGGCAGAAAUCACAAAAUGUGUGAUGGCUAGCUGUACUGUGCGUCAGCAGUUAAGUACGACAUCCCAGCCUGCCUGUUCUGCAAGAGAUAACUCAUGAUUGGUCUAGCGUCGAAGAACAUCACAGAAACCUUGUGCGACAGGCCCGUCCGGGAGUCGUCGAACAUAUCAGAGGCCAGUCUGGUCGGCGGCGCUUGUGCAGCCGUGGCUUAUUUCAUGCGUAUGCUGUCGAAAGUGUCCUUUCCAUGCGAACGUGGCGCUCGCGUUGCUACUGAUCUUUGGUGGGACGAUGUUACGAUUUCGAUUGCGUUCCUCCUUCUCAUUCCCAUCACAGUACUUUCGAACGUUUGUGAGUCUCUUCUCGAUUCACACGCUUUCAUGGAGCCUCUGCUGACUGUCGUCCAGUGACCGGGCUAGGCAUAGGCAGCGACGUCUGGACAAUCCCAUUCGACAACAUUACGGCCGCUCUAAAGGUGAGCGUCACAUUCGAUGAAGAAGAAGCUUACCUUACGUUCUGACCAAACUCUAGCUCUACUAUGUCGACGAGAUACUAUAUCUGAUUGCCUUGCCCACCAUUAAGAUCGCGAUUUGUUGCACAUACCUCCGCAUCUUCCAAACGAAGGGCUUUCGUCAGCUGGUUUUCAUCGCCAUUGGCUUGAAUCUGGCGUACACAUUCGUGUUCUUACUCAUCACUGUCUUCCAGUGUACUCCAGUAAAUAUGGUAACUCUUUCGAAUGGCUUCACCUUGUCCCACUUCUGAUGCUAAUAUUCAUCUAGGCGUGGCUCCAUUGGGACAAAGAACACGCGGGAAGGUGCAACAAUAUCAAUGCACAGUCCUGGGCUUCCGCAGCACUCAACAUCGCGCUUGAUGUCUUCGUUGUUGUGCUGCCUAUGCCGAUGCUUUGGCGAAUGAACCUCAACCUGCGCAAAAAGCUGCUGGUGAUGAUGAUGUUCGGUAAGUCUACUCGAAGGCUAUCGACAUUCUACACCACCGCUUACAAGAUUGGCGAUGCUUAGGGGUGGGAUUCUUCGUCACACUAGUGAGCAUUCUACGCCUCCAGCUUCUGGUCAAGUUCGGCGACUCCCAAAAUGUUACACGUGAGAAGACAGAUACCCGUCCUAAUUGUUCGACAAGCUGACGCAUACGCCAUAGAUGAUUACAAGGCAGUCGGUUACUGGACUGUUAUCGAGGUGGACACGGCUCUUUGCUGUGCCUGCAUGCCUGGAAUCCGCAACCUUAUACGCAAGGCCUUCCCGAGGUCCAUGGGACAGUCCGAUGGAGCUUCGAAGCAUGUAGGUGGGCCAUCCUCCGGACUUUCUGGUCCCACGGCUGUCGGCAGUGGUAACCGAAAAAGUGUUCCCGACCUAUUAGUGAGGCCCAGGCACAGUGACGACGAGCACUUCGUUCCGCUCCAAAAUGUCAGCACUCACAACCUGAGCACUCACGAAAACGCCGACGCCCAGGUUGCGAACGGCCACGAACGCAAUUUCUCUCGCCCUGUUUCUCCACCGCAACAACGAGCCUGGUCACCGAUAUCCGUAGCCUAG